AUGUCGUCGUUGUGUUCGUUAGGGCUUGCGCCGCAGUGGAGGCAUGAGAGCGUGAGCUUCUUUCUCUUAUUCAAAUUCAAGAGAAGGACUUUAACCUUCGUCCCAAGAGUUACUUCUUCCUCUUUAAACGACGACGACGACUCUGUUUCGGCGCCAAAACCAAAGCAGUUGGGUUAUGAUCUUUCAGAGGACCUGUUCGGGCUUGAGGGUAAUCCAAAGCCAAGGAAUGCUACUUUGGGUGCACGCAAACCAAGGUCCUGGUUUGGUCCAAAUGGUCAGUACAUCAGGGAGCUACCAUGCCCGAGUUGCCGAGGGAGGGGUUAUACUCCUUGUACUGAGUGUGGUAUAGAAAGGUCCAGAUCAGACUGUUCACAGUGCCUUGGCAAGGGCAUAAUGACUUGUCGACAGUGCUUGGGAGAUUGUGUCAUAUGGGAAGAGUCAAUUGAUGAACGGCCAUGGGAGAAAGCUCGUUUAAUUUCUCCACUCAAAGUGAAAGAAGAUGAUGAAGUUGAUAAUUUGGAAAUAAAACCGAAUGUCAAGAGAAAGUCAAAGCGAGUAUACCAGUCACCACCUCCUGAAGUUAAUCUGAAGAUUAGCCGGUCUCUGAAAAGUCUGAAUGCCAAAACUGGUCUAUUUAGUAAGAGAAUGAAGAUCAUCCACCGUGAUCCUAGGCUUCAUGCUCAAAGAGUGGCUGCAAUUAAGAAAGCCAAGGGAACUGCCGCAGCUAGAAAGCAUACGUCUGAAACUUUAAAAGCUUUCUUCAGUGACCCAGAAAACCGUCGCAAAAGGAGCAUUUCCAUGCAGGGCAUAAAGUUUUACUGCAGAAACUGUGGACGGGAGGGGCAUAGGAGACACUACUGUCCAGAACUGAAGGCUAGCUUGAUUAAUAGGCAGUUCAUCUGUGGCGUCUGUGGAGAAAAGGGUCAUAACAGAAGAACCUGUCCGACAUUGAACCGUCCCAAAACCCUUGUUCGAAGACCUCACCACUGCAGAAUAUGUGAUCAAAGAGGCCACAAUCGAACGACAUGCCCCAAAGUGAUUGGACGAAAGUCCAGUAUUGAUGUAAAGAAAGGGUUUCACAGUUCUGGAAACCGAAGAACAUACAAGUGUACGUUGUGCAAAGAAAAUGGGCAUAAUAGUAGGACAUGUCCUACUCAUAACAAAAAUGUACAUUCCUCAAACAUUGGUCUUCAAUCUGAGGAAUGAAAGCAAUGAACAUUCUUCUUUCCUUGCUGACUACUAUAUCCCUGUAGAAACU